AUGCCGCGACGUGAUAGUGUGGCGGGCGAAGGCACACUGCCGGGGAUACCACCGAGUGCGCCAGGAGGAGAGACAACGAAUGGCGGGCCCGAUAGGGAGGGGCGGCGAGCUGAGAGCCGCGAUAAUGAUGAUGGAAAUGGGGAUGUUGCAGCGGGAAAUUCCACCGCGCGAGUGGGAGAAGAAAUAGCGGAGCCUUCUAUUGAGGACCUUGUAGAGGAAGCGGAGAUUAAUCUUGAUGCGCCCUGUGCCAACUUGCCCCUAUUGCGGGCACAGGAACUUAAGAUAAUAGGUCGUUGCGUGACCUUCCUGGGUGAGACGACCGUUGAGGGCGAACGUGUGCUCUUGCAUUACGAGGGAGUGGUAGCGAUGAUAACCAAGGACACGGUCAUGUUGCUUCAGGUACGCAGAUACACCAAGGAGGACUUUUUAAAGUAUCAAGAGAUGAUAGAGGCAGAAAAGAGGGAUGAGCAUAAAAAAGAUGAUCAUCAAGAGCUUCAUGGCGAAAUGGAUCGAAAUGGGAAUGGACGUGCGCAUGCGGGUAACGAGGAGAUGAUGAAUUUUCAUGCAGCCAGUGAAGCCACCAGCAAUGACGACGUCCAUCAUGAUAUGCACGUAGUUGACUGUAAUAUUUUGGCGGCGCAGGAAACUCGCGAAAACGCGGGGAUGCCAGAACCGGAUCCGCCGUUGACACGCCAGAACCGUCUGCUGGGAACGCGAACUAUGGGACCGGUGCCAUUCAUGACUUUUUCACGUCGUCGUAUCCACAACGUGGUUUUUGGGCAUGAUCCACAGAAUUCCUUGUACUCCAUUUUUCAGAACCCAUCACGACGAUAUUUUGAUAUGCAGUGUUUGCGUAUGUUUGUUCGGCGUUAUCUUGUGCACACUAGUCAAGGGAACAACCCACGCAAGAUAAAUUUGCGUCCUUUUAUUGAGUGGAGAUGUAAUUGCAAAGGCAUCGCGGAUGAAUUACUUGUAAAUGUUGCUAAGCAGGAGUUAGCGUAUCUGAUUAAGACUGAACGGGAGAUGGCAAAGGCUGCCGAACGUUUGGCGAACAACAGGCGGAACUUUUUUCACACGUAUCAGCCUACACAUCGGUUAUUUCGUGCAACUGGCAUUCUUUUCCUUACACGGAUCCCUGCUCAAACCUUUUCUCUUGCCAUACUUGAGAUGCUUGUGUCACUUCUUCUGCUUGGGUUUUCCGCGUACUCUUUUGCAACGGCACCACCCAUACUUAUUUACGGCUAUGUUAAAGACUAUACUUUUUCAGUGACAUUUGCAGGUAUUGUUAGCCUGUUAGCAAGCGGCAUGACGGCGUUUCACUCUCUUCGGAUGCGAAUACCACUAACAUUUUCAAUUCAUACUGCCCUUCGUCUUGUGGCGGCAACAGUUGCAAUAGCUCUGGAUACGAUGGCCUUAGUCAUGAUAGGAGGAGCGGUGUCUUACUCUCAUAUACUUGGAUACCUCUUUCGGUUAGCGCAAGAAUCAGCAGAGCUUUGUUAUUAUUAUGCACUCCACAAUUGUACAGGGUUUGGUGAAAUAUGCGGGCCAGAUAACAUGUCUCCUAUAUGUAUGCAACACAAGUGCCCAUCAAAUCGCACUACCACAUGUACUCAGCCCUUGACAGCUACUCUUAUUCGUAUUUUUAUUCCUUUUAUUGCAAUUUCCAUGGUAUUGGUGGCCCUCUUUAUGAUUGAUCAUCUUCUUCAUUACCGCCUCCUGCAAGCGUCAAGGUUGCUGAUGGCGCGCAUGUAG